GACCCUUCAUUUCCUAGCAUGCAAGCUGGUCAAGCUAGGUUGAGCCAGUUCACAAUCCGGGCAGCGGUAAUCUUGGGCUCGCUUCCUCCCGGACGUUUGACCCUGCUGGCAGCGAUGGUGGUCCAGAGCAGAGCUGCACGACAAAUUACCGAAUGCGUGCUGGAUGCCAUUUCGCGCAGUCGAGGCAUUGUGAUCAAAUUUGCGGUCAUCCGCUGCGGCCUCGCGAUCGCGACAUCUGAGCGGUCCAGUACGCCCAGAAUGGUGCCGAAGUAUUCAGGCUCGUCUGUUGUCCUGUACAGCAGAAUAAGGCAGUCGCGCUUGGUGUAUUUAAGCAUGAAUCUGUCACUUCUCUGCGUACGGGGGUCAUGGGAUGCUGGAGGCCAGUGUGGCAGUAUCCGCGACGCCAACUCUAAACGUCUAGCCUCAGGCCAAUGUAUCAUCAAACUACCGUCGCUGAGUUCGAGCUGAACUUGCUUGGCUGGCAAACGGGACGUAAGUAGUUUUGCGGCAUAUAC